AUGGAACAACAAAUCAACACAGAGAGUGAUGCCCAACCAAACCUCCUCUCCUCCUCCUCCGCCACCUCCACCUCCACCUCCACCUCCACCUCCACCUCCACCUCCACCUCCUCCUCCUCUGAUUCCCAUGAAAACAGGGGAGCAAGUAAGAGAGGUCAUCAUGAUCAAGACAUUGAGAGUGGCAAUGAAGGUAAUAACAAGAAGAAGAAGGGUAAUAAUGAGAAACAUCCAACAUACAGAGGAGUCCGAAUGCGGAGUUGGGGCAAAUGGGUGUCCGAAAUCCGGGAGCCUCGCAAGAAAUCAAGAAUAUGGCUCGGAACAUAUCCAACGGCUGAAAUGGCUGCUCGAGCCCACGAUGUAGCCGCUCAAGCCAUUAAAGGCAACUCGGCUUACCUCAACUUUCCAGAGCUGGCUCAUAAGCUUCCCCGUCCCGUCACCACCUCUCCCAAGGACAUCCAAGCCGCCGCCGCUGAGGCUGCUUCAGCGACGGUGGAAAUUGUCGGGAGUCGUGAAAAUGAGACCGAAGCCGAGCAGAGCCUAGAAACUACUACUUCAGCCAGCUCGGAAAAUUCGCACGAAUCUGCAAGUUCUCCUUCCGUUGAUUGUGAUGACACAUUGUUUGACCUCCCUGAUCUAUUCAUCAACGGAUGUGAUCGAGGGGAUGCUUUGUGCUAUCACUCUCCAACGUGGCAGUUGCUUGGAGCCGAUUAUGGGUUCCGGCUUGAGGAGCCCUUCUUGUGGGAAUAUUGCCCCGAGCUGGCUCAUAAGGACAUCCAAACCUCCACCGCUAAGACUGCUGCAGCAGCGGAGGAAAUUGUUAGGAGUCGUGAAAAUGAGACCGAAGCCGAGACUAGCCGAGACACAACAACUUCAACCAGCUCGGAAAAUUCGCAGGAAUCUGCAAGCUCGUUUUCCGUUGAUAUUGAUGACGCAUUGUUUGACCUUCAUGAUCUAUUAUUCAUCAACGGCUGUGAUCGAGGGGAUGGUUUGUGUUCUCUCUCUCCUACGUGGCAGUUGCCUGGGGCCGAUUAUGGGCUCCGGCUUUAGGAGCCCUUCUUGUGGGAAUAUUGAUUGAUUGGAUGCUCAAUUACAAGCCGUCUGAUUGUCCAUCAUAUUUGAUCACAUGGAGGACCACCAAUAUUGGAAUCUGAGGAAUGCUUCAUAUGAUCAUCUCUCCUAUUACUUGGAGUAACAGGAGAGUGAGAGAGAGAACGGUUGGAGAAGAGAAAGAUUUACAUUGAUUUGUUUUGUUUAAUUGCUUGGUUGGCUGGUAACAUGCAUGGAAAUGACAGAGAAUGAAUUUCUUUUUUUAGGCAAGUGGAUGAG